AUGUCGUUUUCACUACUCCGCCCACAAUUAUCGUCCUACACGUGCCGGUCAUGUCUAAUUCGACUUUCACGAGCUUCACGACGCUCAAUCACCUCGAAAGAAAAUGCCCAGUUUGCAAAAGAGGGGAGGCAGAAAGCUGAUACCGCCUUACCAACAUUUCCUGCACGGACGCGUUUUGCACCUUCGCCGACGGGUUACCUCCACCUUGGAUCAUUACGGACGGCACUGUUCAAUUACCUCCUCGCGAAACGAACGGGCGGCCAAUUCCUACUACGAAUAGAAGAUACAGACCAAAAGCGCACGAUACCCGACGCCGAGCAGCGACUAUUCGACGAUCUACGGUGGGCGGGACUGCAAUGGGAUGAAGGGCCAGAGGUUGGAGGGCCGUAUGGACCGUAUAAACAGUCAGAGAGGAGCGCGACAUACAGAGAGUAUGCGAAUCAACUUCUCGAAUCAGGACAUGCAUAUCGCUGCUUCUGUUCUUCGGAGCGCUUGAAUGCCUUGGCCGAACACAGACACAAGCUCGGUAUUGCGACAGACUACGACCGCACAUGCGCCCCGCCUGCCAUAUCCAAGGAAGAGAGCGACGAUAGAGCAUUCAGGGGCGAAUCGCACACCAUACGCCUCAAAGUCCCAGACCAGUACCCGACGUACAAGGAUCUCAUCUACGGCUCCUUUCGCCCGCUCAAGAGACGCGGCCAUGUCACCGAAUCCGCAUAUGAAGAUCCAAUCCUACUAAAGUCUGACGGCCUACCUACAUACCACCUCGCAAACGUAGUAGACGACUACCUCAUGAAGAUCACCCACGUCAUUCGAGGAAGCGAAUGGAUGCCCAGCACCCCCAAGCAUAUCGCCAUGUACCAAGCAUUCGGCUGGACACCCCCCGAAUUCGCCCACGUCGGCCUCCUCGUUGACGAGAACGGCAACAAGCUCAGCAAGCGAAACUUUGACACCGACAUCACCGCCUUUAAAGAGAUGGAAAUAUUCCCUGAGACCCUGACAAACUUCGCCGCGCUGCUAGGAUGGAGCCACAAGGAGAAGAGCGAUGUCAUGGAUCUCAAGACAUUGAUCGACAAGUUCAGUCUCAAAUUCACAAAGGGAAACACUACGGUGACAUUUGGUAAAAUGCAGUUCCUCCAACGUAAACACGCCCUCCAACGCGCUUCGACCGGUGGACCCCAGCUUGAAGAGAUGGUCCGUAAUGUCGCCAAACUACUCACUGACCCGGAGUCGCCCUACAAAGAGUGGAGAAACAUUGUCGGAAGUCCAUUCCCCGAAAACUACAUCCGCUCCAUCGUCCUCGUCGAUGCAGAAAACUACACAAACGCAAACGAAUUCCUCUACCGCAACGCCUUCUUCUUCACUCCCAUCCGCCCCUUUGACAAGCAACCGCCCAUGACGACUACAUCUGAUAUACCCAUGCGUGCGCAGAUGCUAGCAGACGUCAAAGAGGAAGAGUGGAAUAAAGAAAAUCUCAUGCAAAAGGUGCGUGAGAUUAUUGAUGGGAGGACUGAGGGGAAAAAGGGGAGCAAGGAUGUGUACCAUUAUCUGAGGAAGACGGUUACGGGCCAGGAGCAGGGCAUGAGGUUGUACGAUGUUUUUGUCAUUCUGGGACGGAACGAAACCCUUAAACGGCUGGGGUUGUUGAUCAACAACUAG